CAGUCUCCCCAAAUAUUUCCUCUCAUACCAAGAAAUCAGAAAUGAAUUUAAACUGAAAAACGUGGUUAUCUGCACUAAUGCCAGUGUCCACGAGAAGGCUUUGAAAUUUUUAGACCGUCGACAAAUAUGUUCCGAAAGCAUGUUAUAUUGUGUGGACGAUGAUUAUUCAUUUUAUACGUUUAAUAUGGACAUUCUGCCUCGUUUAAAAGAAAACGUUGAAAUAUACUUGGAAAAAAAUUGUCAGAACAGAAAUAUUGACCAAACGGUAAUCAACGAUGAAAAUUUAAAAGACUUUUUGGAACGCUUGCAGGUUUAUGCCGGUUACCCAUCGGAGAACACUUUGGAAAAAAUUAUCGAACAAUUAUUGUCCCACAUGAAUAGGUCUAACGCCUUGUACGAAAAAAUUUCUUCUUUCGAAAUACGCGCCAAGGUAAUGGAUUGGUUCCAACACAAAGACGGAAUAUAUUUAAUUGAGGCCCGCGCAAAGGCGAUGUUUUCUGAAUUAAGGACGGCCAAAUACUGGCAAAAACUAGACCAAUACAGAGUGGUCUUUCGACAUAACGACUUGCGAUUUACGGAUUCCAAAAGAAUUUAUCACGUCAUAGCUAAAGACGGAUAUUUGCUACAGAUGAUAAAGGUAUAUCAUGCGCUGAAGAACGAUACAUCGAAAAUCCUGUGCGUCGAUCCCGAUGACGGCAUUGAAGUUCAGAAGCAAGUAGUAGAGGCAUUCCAAUUGUCUCAGUACACCUUUCUAGUUAUCGUUUGGCCUAAACAUGUGGAAGAAGUAAUAAUGACCGAAAUAAGUGAUAAAUUAAGUGCCACCUUAAAGGAUUGUCAGUACAAAAAAGUAAUUUUAGUAACUGAAUCCGAUGAUAAGUUGGAUCAACUCUUUGGAUUAGGUCAGAGCGAUAGUGAGGUUAUUUUUGGUUCUGGGACAUUCGACGACUUGUCAGAAGAAACUCGGGAAAGCUUAUUAAACAAGAGAAAUAUCGUUUUCCAAGGGACGGACCUCAGUUUAGGAGAACUAAUCCCAAUGGGGGAGACCGAAGAUUUUGAGAAAGCUGCUAAUUUAAUUUUACAAAGACUGAUCAGCAACGAGAAAGUUACCGUUGGGACACCUGUCAUCGGUUUAGAUGAAAGUAUUUGCCCCCUUUAUAUAAACCGCAUAUUUAAGAGGAACAUCGAGAACAUGGAAGACGAAGAGGCAAACGUCUUUUAUUCAGAGGACAAUAUUUUUGACGUAAGUGAAAAGAUUGUUCUAAUCGCCGAUGCAGCCGGUAUGGGAAAGACUACGGUCCUUACCAACUCGGCAGCUAUUAUUAAGGACAGACACCCCCAUUUGUGGGUCAUAAAAAUAGAGUUGAACGAUUUUUCUGGUAUUUUAAAGGAUUCCUUGAAAAGGAAAAAGAAAACGAUACACGUCUUGGACCUGUUGAAUUCCAAGGAUGCCACUAGAUUGAUAAACAAGAUUGAAAAUUUUGUUUUCGCAAUGAAAAGAAAAGUGGUCUUGAUGCUAGACGGGGUGGACGAAAUUAGCCCAGAUUAUACUGAUCUCAUAAUAAGUUUGCUCUUGCAGUGUCAAGAAGCGUUCAAUUUUGCGAAGGUGUUUGUUACUACGAGGCCUCAUAUGGUCGAGGAUUUGAAGGAAAAAUUGCAAGUAGCUUUGUUUACGUUGGAACCCUUCACCGAAGAGAACCAAAUGUAUUUUCUGACGAGAUAUUGGACGCAUCACUUAAACUUAAAAGAAGAUACCGAUAAAAGGAAGUGUGAAAAGUACGUCAAGGCUCUGGUGAACAGAAUGUCAUUGACUGACCUGAAUAACGGAAUAGAAGAUCACUUUGCUGCCAUACCCCUACAACUGAGGAUGAUGGCAGAAAUAUUUCAAGAAAGUAUGGCAUCGGACCAGGUUCUGGACUGGCAAGGAUGCAAAGAAUACUUACAUGAAGACGAAGAAGAACCCAAGUUGCCGAAGAAAAUGAAUUUAGUGAAAUUAUACGAUUUGUUUAUCGACAAGAAACGAGACAUUUUCAUCGACAAAGAAAAUCCAAAUGGACACACGGCGGCUACUCAGGCAUUGACCGAUCAGUUCGAUGAGUGCCUCGCAUAUAAUCGAAAACUCGCUUUGCAAAUUGUACUCGACGAAAGAGAAUGCGAACUGUUUUCCUUUUACGAAACCGUCACAGAUAUGGAGAUUUUAGCGUUAAAGAUAGGAAUUGUCCAAAAGUCAAACAACAAAUUUAAUUUCAUUCACGAUAAUGAAUUCACAUACAUGAAAAUCGAUUUCAUUCACAGGACACUGGCCGAAUAUUUUGUCGCCGAAAGUAUAGCGAGAGAACUUCAAUGUGAAAACCAAAGUGCUGAGUUUCAAAAGUUUUUGAUCGAAGAAGUUUUUGUUGCACGUGGAUACAAUGUUGUUCUUACUUUCCUUGAUAAUUUUCUGCAAAAGAUUAUAGAUUCUCUGCCGUCCACUGUUUUCCAGAAGUAUCAGUCUGGUUCGUCCAAGGUUCGUAUUUGGAUGCACAAUGUAAAUUUAAUUCAUCAAUUGGCAAAAAACGGUUUCGUAGCAGUCCUCCGUCUCAUUCUAAAAUGUACCAACUUUACAAUUAUCAGAGAUAAAGAAGUCGAUUUAAGUAAUAUUUACGACGAUGAUAUUCUUAGCAAGAUUAGAAACAAUAACAUAUUAAAUUAUUUAGGAUUAUUUUUAAGACAAGGUGGACUUAACAUUAAAGAUUAUCUUGGUAGGACUCCAUUGCAUUUCGCUACUAGUGAGGGUCACUUAAAGAUGGUGAAGUUUCUACUGAAACAAGGGGCGAAUAUUAACAGUAGGAGCGAUUUUUGCGAAACACCGAUUGUCUUAGCUGCUCAGAAUGGUCACAUGGAUGUAACAAAAUAUUUAUUGGGCCAUGCUCUAAGCUUCGAACAAACCGUAGGCAUCGAAGAUGUUAGAGUAAAAGAUUCCGAUAUGACAACGUUCCUUUUAGAUAUUUUGGGGAAUAACAUAGAGAAUACCAUGGUCCCGUACGUGGCUGCUUGCACGGGCUCUCUAAGUGCGUUGGAAGCUUCGAUAGAACAAGGAAUUGACGUCGACUAUAAAUUUGAAAACGGCGAGACAUUGAUUUUCGCCGCUGCUCGCGGGAGACAAUUACACGUCAUCGAGUACUUGGUAGAGAAAGGCGCCAAUAUCAACAGUAAAGAUGAUCGCGGCAGAACAGCACUUCAUUUAGUUUCAGAAAAGAGCUGUGGUGUGUCGACCGGAAAAUUGUUAAUAGAAUUAGGGAUAGAUGUUAAUACAAAGGAUAAUUCCGGAGAAACAGCGCUACACCUAGCCGCUUCUGGUCAUGACUUGGACAUGAUAAAAUUGCUGCUGCAGAGUGGCGCGAACGUAAACAGUAUGGACCAGUUUGAUAAAACUGCCUUGAGUGCAGCUGCUUGUUGGGGUUCUUUGUCCUGCGUUCAGUUCCUCGUAGAAAAUGGCGCGGAUGUUAAUAUCAGAGAUCGAGAUGGUAACACGGCAAUACAUUUAGCAGCUAAGGAGAGUGAAAUGGAGAUUGUGAAAUUCUUCGUUGAAAAUGGCGUGGAUAUUGGCAUUAGAAAUAAUGGUGGACAAACAGCUCUACAUGCGGCCGCUGCAGAAACUGAUGAGGACACAACUCAGUUCCUUGUGGAACGUGGCUUGGAGGUGAAUUGCACGGACGACAGAGGGCGAACGCCACUGCACGUAGCUAUUGAAAGAUUUUUGACUCACCUGGACCGUACCACCGAUUCAGAUCUCUCGACUACAUGCGAAGAGGCAUACACGCGUCAACUUUCAGAAUGUCAAUGGCGGCUGGAUUAUUUCAAGUUUAUCAUAGAUCAAGGGGCGGAUGUCAAUUUGAAAGACAAAGAGGGACGUACGGUGCUACAUCUAGCUGCAGAAGAAGGGCAGUUACACACCGUCAAAUUCCUUCUAGAAUCUGGUGCAGACCUUACCGUUAAAGAUAGAAAGGGUCAUACCCCACUGCAUCUGGCCGCGAAGAAAGGUCGUGGUUUGGUAAAAUUCUUAAUUGAGCAAGGCGCAGAUAUUAAAAGCAGAGACAAUAAAGGAAGCACGCCGGCUGCCUUGGCCAAAAAGGCAGGCCAUCUGCAUCUACUCCAAUAUUUGAAGACGAAAGACGGAAGACCGGCUUUUAUAAGAAUAUUCGGUGCGGGUUGUUUGAAGUAGCGAGCGAUUGUAAUAAUUAUUCUUUUCGAAAAUGGGCAUAAGAUAUGUUGACAAUUUUAUUGUGUCUCCUAGACAAAAGACUCUUUUAUUCAAGGACCAAAUGAGUGUCCGCAAAAGUUAUUUUUUGAUGGUAUCGAUGCUGACGGAGCAAUUGAAUGAGAAACUUCAACCUUUUUCAAAAAUAUUCUCAAUAUACAACAAUAUCUCUUGGAGUGCUUCUUAUUUUACUAACAGCCACUUGCUUGGUACAUUUUCCAUUAACACAUCUAAUGAAAAUAUAUUAAAAAUGUACUUUUUACCAUAAAGUAAAUGGAUCAGUUGUUGGAGGUUUCAGUUUCACGACCUUAUGAUAAAAUAAGCCAGUAACACAGUUUCAGAUGAUUCUUUAGUUUUCUUUUCAGUGUGCCAUUUUUUGCAAUCAUUAUAAGUUAUUUUAUAUUGUCUCUCACAUUUUUGAGGAAUAUAUUCAGUCGUAAUAAUUUAAAACUAAUAUAAUAGUCCAAGGGCCCACGUGCAAAGAAAUAAAAUGAUUACCAGCAAGCUGUAACUUUGAGUGCAGCUUAAGUUUGACGAGUCUCCCAAGAUUUGAU